AUGCUGAGAAAGUCUUCAUCGGCAGAGCACGAUGACUCGGAACGUGGAAAGGUCAAGCGUUCAAGAGCGGUACUGGUAUGUCAUAGAUGCAAAUCGCUCAAGACUCGCUGCGAUCUCGGUAAACCUUGCAGUAGCUGCGUCAAGGCAAAGGUGGAGGAGAGAUGCUCUUACGAUCCGUGGAGAGGACACGCACAGAAACAAUUUGUCAAAAACGAAACUCCAGAUCCUUUGAUUAACUCGGACGGACCGGGUCCUACCACAUAUGACAAUCGCAUAGUGUAUCUUGAAGAUCGCCUUUCACGCCUGGAAUCGCUUCUUGCUUCGGGCUCUUCCCACUUCGCUAAUCUUUUGAAGUCACCGCAACGCAAAGAGGAGAACGAAUGGCAUUUCCUACUAUCGCAACUUCCUCCACGUUGUGUUGCGGAAAAACUCCUCGAACAAUAUUUUCUCCUUGACACCCUAAUGCGCCAUACUCAUCAACCUUCAUAUAUUCGUCGUUUCAAUCUUAUCUAUCCGAAAGAUGGGAGUCCUGUUGCACCUAUCGAGAAACAUAUGGCAUCAUACUUGGCUUCGCUUUGCAUGGCUUUGACCAUCGGAACGGUGAUGGACCUGGAAAACUCAACCGAUAGAAAUGAAUGGUCGUCUCACUCUUUGGCAGAAAAAUUGAAGACUCUUCAUCACCGUUUCCUCGGGAUUUCCGAAUCUCAAGUACUUGCUGGACCAGGAGAUCAUUAUUCAGAAAUGGUAUAUUAUCAUCUCCAUUCUCUAUCACUACGCCCGCAUGAAGCAUUAUUCAACAGUUCCUCAUCCCCUCCUCAAACAUGGUUUGUAAUGGGCGAAAUAAUCCAUACCGCAUUGUUUUUCGGGCUACAUCAAGAUCCCAGUGAGCUUUCACCGGAAUUAAGUCCCUUUUGGAGUGAGAUGAGGAGAAGACUAUGGUGGUUAUGUCACGCUGGUGAGAGGAUAAUCAUUAGAAAGCUACGCUUGCCUAGUAUCAUUCCACUAUCUAAUGUACGACAGCCUGUAUCAAUCCCCGACAUCGACCUCCGUGAAGACAUAACACAGGUGGAACUAGACGCGGUAUCGUCGAAAAAUGCUAUGGCCACUCCUUUGAAUCAAAUUCCCUCAAGUGUGACUCCACCACAGGUUGAAAAUACCCCUCAGCAGACCGAAGUCGUGCCUGAAUGGACAUAUAUUGAGGCAAAGAUCAACUCGAACCAGCUCAUGACAGAACUACUUAGCAUUCUCCCAUCACCAUUUCAGCCUGUCCAGCCUUCUGACAUAGAAACAAUGAACCGUUUGGUGGACCAGUUCGACAGUACAAUACCUCCGCAUCUCCGCUUUAAAGCUUUAUCUUCGGCUACGAGCCGUAACUGCCGACUGACAGCUCCGGGUCAGCCACCUUGGCUGCUUGCUCAGGCUUGUGUGUUCAAUAUCGGCAUAGUCGCAAACAUCCUUACUGCCUAUCAACCUUAUCUGUCACUCCCACUGGACAUCCUAGAACAUCCUCGUGUCAUUGACAUGGCUCUGGAUAGGUCUCUCCUAGCAGCACACAGACUGAUGGUCACUGCUGAAACAUUCGUAUGGCAUAUCACUUUCCGAUGGCCUGAAGGGAAAAGUUUAUUCUCUUGGAAUUUGGGGUCGAAGAUCUUCAGUGCUGGAGUGACGGUGGCGUUGGCUGCGAUUCGUCAUGGUCCAAGUCAUUCAGAAUGUAGAGAGUGGAUGGACGACUUGACGUCGGCUGUGGGAUUGUUGAAGGUCUUGUCGGAUCAUACCUCCAAUCAAGGAAGAGACAAAUGUUCAAAAGCCGGUUCUGCAGAUCUGAGAGCUUUAGAAAUUUUACGACAACUCUCUGAUCGUGUUAGAGCUGCUAUCAUUCCGAAUAUGACUACGGGAUCAACUAUCCAGACAAAGACCGACAAGUCCAUGGCGAAGGAUAACAAGAUAUUCGACCCGUACACAGCUCAUGAGAUGAGUACGAUUACUCCGACUUAUCAAUCUACAGAUUCGACUCCAAAGAUGACAUCGCAUUUUGGAGAUGCCGAUACCUUUACAUUGGAGGAUUUAGAGGCUUUGUUGUUGCAGGUUUAUGGUCGUUCAGAAGGAAAUGUGGGAUGA